UCUUUGUGAACCCAUUCUUCCCUGUACGUAUACUUCACCGCCUCCUUCCAGUUCUUGUUGCGCCGUGAUAGAGAGGGAAGAGAAAGGAAAAUUGAAGGGUUUUCCGGUGAUGGAGUUGGUUCCCUUGAGCCGCUCUUCCAUAUUUGCCCCCCCUAUCAACAGACUCCAGCGGAGAAACAACCUCAAGUGGAAGCAGUCUAAGCCUUCGGUUUCCAGAAAAGCUGGAAUUGCUUGUGCUGGGGCGAAACCCCCUAGGAAUUCAGGGGUUUCUUCUCAAGAAAGCAAGAGGAUCGAGAACUUGUAUCAAAAGGAAGGGCGUAGAUUGUUGCGUCUGCUUGAAGGGCUUCGAAGCCGUGCCUCUCCGGAGGUGUGCGGUGAGCAUCAUAAAUAUUUUGCCAUCAAUGGAGAUGUGGGUCUCGCUAGUAUCCCCAAGAAAGUGGAUGAAGUUGCAAAGGUCAUCAUUCCUGGUUUAUCUGAUGACUCCGGUGGCUCUCCGAUCAGUAGUUGCUACUGGGAGUGGAAACCUAAAAUUUCGGUGCACUAUGAGAAGUCAGGGUCUCAGAAUGUGGAUGCGCCUGCUGUGCUCUUCCUACCUGGGUUUGGAGUUGGCUCAUUUCACUAUGAGAAGCAAUUGGAAGAUUUGGGCCGUGAUUACAAAGUGUGGGCUCUGGAUUUCUUAGGACAAGGCAAGUCAUUGCCAUCCGAAGACCCGGCCCCCGUUGAUAAUCGUGAAGGGGAUUCUGAAGAUAAUGAUGUGUUAUGGGGGUUCGGAGAAGAACCUAAACCCUGGGCAAGGGAGCUGGUGUACUCUAUUGACCUAUGGCGAGAACAGGUUCAGCAUUUUGUAGAACAGGUAAUUGGUGAACCAGUUUAUGUUGUUGGUAAUUCUCUUGGAGGCUUUGUUGCCUUGUACUUUGCAGCAUGCAAUCCUCAGCUAGUAAGAGGAGUUACAUUGCUUAAUGCGACACCGUUUUGGGGAUUCCUUCCUAACCCUGUCAGAUCACCUAGAUUGUCCAAAUUUCUUUCAUGGUCUGGGACGUUUCCCCUACCUUCAAAUGUGAGAAGGCUAACUCAGUUGGUAUGGGAGAAGAUCAGUGACCCCAGUAGCAUACAGGAAGUACUAAAACAAGUCUAUGCUGAUCAUUCAAUAAAUGUUGACAAAGUAUUUUCCCAUAUAAUUGAAAUAACACAACAUCCUGCAGCCGCUGCUUCUUUUGCCUCCAUUAUGUUUGCUCCUAGGGGGCAGUUAUCCUUCCAGGAAGCCUUGUCCAGGUGCCAAGUGGAAGGUGUUCCAAUCUGUCUUAUGUACGGUAGAGAAGACCCUUGGGUUAGGCCUAUUUGGGGCUUUCAAGUGAAACGACAGUUGCCUGAGGUACCUUAUUACGAGAUUAGUCCAGCAGGUCACUGCCCACAUGAUGAGGUUCCCGAGGUUAUAAACUUCUUGCUCCGAGGGUGGAUUAAGAACCUGGAGUCCCAAGGUUCUGUUUCAUUGCCCCUUUUGGAGGAGCCUGAUUAUGUACAAUAUGAAAUCUUGAAAGAGUUGGAGUAUGUCAAAGAAGGAUCCCACAAGUCAAUUAAAGUACGAUUUUUGGGAUCGAACUUCUCAUUUUGGAAUCUGAUAAUCUCAUCCUUGAAGCUACGCCUCGCGAGUUUGCUGGCGAGUUUCAGAUAGGCCAGCAUUGUAUAUAUAGUCUCGUGUUGUGAAUUUUAUGAUAUUAUUUAUUUGUUGUAUAGAAAAUUUGAAGCCUGGCUUUACAGCCAAAAUUCAGCUUAUUAGUUCCUUUCAC